AUGCGCCACAGAUUCAUUGUCAUCAACUCUUUGCAAACCUUCAAAACUUCUCAAAUGUCUGAUAGGAUUCCUGAGGAGCUUCUCUUCAUUGAGAUUCUCCUAAGGUUACCUGUGAAGUCUCUUGGACGUUUCAGAUGUGUAUCAAAAUCAUGGCGUGCUCGAAUCAGCAAUCCACAUUUCAUCAAGCAACAUGAUAUCAGAAGAAAAGGUUCAAACUCUUCUGAAGUUAAGAUUCUUCUUGGAGGACCCCACCAGGGCUAUUACAAGUUAUGCUCCUCAGAUUGGGACAAAAUUUGUGACCAAAAUUCCAAAGAACUGAUUAAACUCUCUCCUGAGUUAAGUCAGUGGGGUUUUGCCUAUGGUUGCGAAAUUCUGGGCUCGUGCAACGGCCUAGUCUGUCUUGGAUUACUCGCUGCAUCUUGGCCGGUAAAAAUUAUCCUCUUGAAUCCUUUGACACAAAAGCAAUGGCAAUUGCCACCUUUCAGCUUUUAUUCUUUAGCAGAGUUUAAGACUUCUUAUUAUGAAUUUGGUUUCGGUUAUGAUGAAGAUUCUGAUGACUACAAGUUGGUGGUGUUGACCGAGUGUAGGAGGCCGAGUUUCGAAUUAAUCUAUGAAUCAUUCCAUGAAAUCAUGGCAUACAGCUUGAAAUCAAAUUCAUGGAGAAAGAUCAAGGAUUCCCCGUUUCAGGCCUUAACUAAUCCUCAUCAACGAAAUGGUGUUUUCGCUGGAAAUGCUUUGCACUGGAUUAUGUUGGAUAGGGCGUCCCAUGCUCCCUUCAUUGCUGCCUUUGAUCUCUCAACUGAGCAAUUCUUUGAUCUCCCAAUGCCUGAAUAUGAAGAUUAUAACAUCGAUAGAGGAAUCACCUUAGGUAGCUUGGAUGGUUGCCUCUCAACUGUUUUUCAUAUCAAGUUUGAUCCAUGUAUCCAGGUUCACCUAUGGGUGAUGAAAGAUUAUGGUAUUAAGGAUUCUUGGACAAAAUAUAAUGUGAGGUUGCCAAUUUGGGGAAAUUGGAAUUUCGCAACCCCCGUGGCAUGUUUGAAUGAUUCUAGUCAGCAAAUUCUAUUUCAAGUUGGCAAGAAGUUUCUCGUACAAUACGAUCUUGAGAAGAUGUCAGCAGAUUUUGCUCAUUUUCUUGAUGAUCUAGAUUAUUGUCUGGUGGCAUGUGUUUGCUUUGGCAGCCUUAUCCAACCUUGCGGUGGUGGUGAUGGAGAUGGAGGAAAUAAUGGGACAAAAGCACAAAGUUCCAAAAAUGAUGGCGAAGACGACAACAUUGACCUCAUCAAUUAACUACUUUUGUACUUUAAAGGCGUUACUUUUGUGUGAAAUGUAGGCACUAGAUAUAAGAACUUGCAAGCAUUAGUACUUUUCUGGUU